UCGACAAACGAGUUAAAAGCUGGAUUGACUAAAAAGCCACAGCCCCUACUCUGCUUCUCCAGUAAAGUUGGGGGUAAAUAUGUCAUUUGAUCCGGAAGCGCCCCAGGUUGCCACCGAGAGAGCUGAAAGCUUCGAAAAUCCACCAUGGAAAUUAAUUUUCAUUCCUUAAUUGCUACUACAACCAGUAAAGACUGAAUUAAUGGAGGCAAAAUUGAUCCUAACGGUAUCUCUAUUAAUUUCUGGCACUUUGACUAUAACGGCUGAUUAUAUCAGACCUCCUCCUCGUGAAAUCUUGCAUUUCCCAUGGAGUCCGAAACAUUCUUCUCAUCCCCAACAGGUGCACAUCUCUUUGGCUGGAGACAAGUACAUUCGAGUCUCAUGGGUCACUGAUGAUAAAUCUUCUCCAACAAUUGUUGAAUAUGGAACUUCACCUGGAAGAUAUACUGCUAUAUCAGAAGGGGAGAGUACAUCUUAUAGUUAUCUAUUUUAUAACUCUGGAAAGAUACACCACACUGUCAUUGGUCCAUUGGAACCUAACACGGUGUACUUCUACCGAUGUGGAGGGCAAGGUGCCGAGUUCCAGCUGAGGGCUCCUCCAGAUCAGUUGCCAGUUACUUUUGCUGUGGCUGGAGAUUUGGGCCAAACUGGCUGGACUAAAUCAACUCUAGACCAUAUCGACCAGUGUAAAUAUGAUGUGCAUCUGCUCCCUGGAGACCUUUCUUAUGCAGAUUAUAUGCAGCACCGGUGGGACACAUUUGGCGAGUUGGUUGAGCCUCUUGCUAGUGCAAGACCAUGGAUGGUGACAGAAGGGAACCAUGAAAAGGAAAGCAUACCUUUUUUUAAGGAUGGGUUUGAAUCCUAUAAUUCUAGAUGGAAGAUGCCCUUUGAGGAGAGCGGUUCCAGUUCAAAUCUUUAUUAUUCUUUUGAAGUUGCAGGGGCUCAUAUUAUCAUGCUUGGUUCCUAUACAGAUUAUGAUGAAUACUCGGAUCAAUAUAACUGGCUAAAGGCUGAUCUGGCUAAGGUAGAUCGAAAGAAGACACCGUGGUUGCUUGUGCUAUUCCAUGUGCCAUGGUAUAACAGUAACCAUGCUCAUCAAGGUGAAGGGGAUGGAAUGAUGGCAGCUAUGGAGCCAUUGCUUUAUUCUGCUAGUGCAGAUAUAGUAUUGACUGGGCAUGUCCAUGCUUAUGAACGCACGAAACGUGUAAAGAAUGGAAACUUGGAUCCAUGUGGUCCUGUUCAUAUAACAAUUGGAGAUGGAGGAAACAGAGAAGGGUUAGCCCAAAAAUACAUGAACCCACAGCCAGAGUGGUCAGUCUUCCGUGAGGCAAGUUUUGGCCAUGGUGAACUGAAAUUGGUGAAUUCAACCCAUGCCUACUGGACCUGGCACAGGAAUGAUGAUGAUGAACCUGUUCGGUCUGAUCAGGUUUGGAUAACCUCUUUGGUCAGCUCAGGAUGUGUUGCUGAAAAGACACACGAGCUAAGGAAGAUACUCAUGGGACCUUAGAAUAGCUGCAUUCCCAAUUCGCACUUUGCUAAAUCUAGAAGAGCGCUUUGCUAAAUGUAGAAGAGUUCACGCUACGGGAUUAUGGAGAUCAAUGUAAAUAUUUUAUAUGGCUAUUACCUAUAUAAUAGUUGAUGCUGGAAUUGGUAGACUGCUUAUGCCAUGUCAAUUAAAUUUCUUGUAUUGUAUGCCACCCAAUUAGACAAUUGAGCUUUCAAUUUCAGUGCAUGCAUGCAUGCCUAGAAGUAAUCUGUAUUAAGGUAUGCUAGCCUGUCUUUUUAUGAGCGCCUUGUGUUUUUAGUAGAAUGAUUUCAAAUUGGCAAAAAA